AUGGCGUUGGACAACUACUACCGCAACAAGAUCGAGGGCAUGAAGCUCGAGAUCAUCCAGGGCCAAGCCGUUCUCCGAAGAUUAGAGGCUCAGCGCAAUGACUACAACUCCCGCGUCCGUCUGCUGAGGGAAGAGCUCGGCCUGCUCCAGCAACCUGGCUCUUAUGUCGGCGAAGUCGUCAAGGUGAUGAGCACGAAGAAGGUGCUGGUCAAGGUGCACCCGAGAGGGAAAAUACGGUAUGCUCCAAUCGAAAUGACUCCAAUCGAUAUCUCCGGAGAUCUAGCUAGACCACGGAACCUUCUAACGCGCUUGAAUACAGUGGUGGAUAUCGCCGAUGGCGUCGACAUCGCCAAGCUCACCGUGGGCAAGCGAGUCGCCCUCCUCUCCGACUCGUACAAACUGGAGAAGAUGCUUCCAUCCUCCGUCGACCCGCUCGUCUCACUGAUGAUGGUGGAGAAGGUACCCGACAGUACAUACGACAUGAUCGGAGGUCUGGACCAACAGAUCAAGGAAAUCAAGGAGGUGAUCGAGCUCGGUCUCAAGCACCCAGAGCUCUUCGAGUCCCUGGGAAUCGCACAGCCCAAGGGUGUCCUACUUUACGGUCCCCCAGGUACGGGUAAGACACUGCUCGCACGAGCUGUGGCCCAUCACACCGACUGCCGCUUCAUCCGAGUGAGUGGUUCAGAGCUGGUGCAGAAAUACAUUGGUGAGGGUAGUCGCAUGGUGCGAGAGUUGUUCGUCAUGGCCCGUGAGCACGCGCCUAGUAUCAUCUUCAUGGACGAGAUUGAUAGCAUUGGGUCUAGCCGGAUAGAUUCUGCCGGUGGCGGUGAUUCGGAGGUGCAACGGACGAUGCUGGAGUUGCUGAACCAGCUGGAUGGAUUUGAGCCGACGAAGAACAUCAAGAUUAUUAUGGCGACUAACCGACUGGAUAUCCUGGACCCGGCGCUUCUGCGACCAGGGCGUAUUGAUCGCAAGAUUGAAUUUCCUCCUCCUUCGGUCGAGGCUCGUGCCGAUAUUCUACGAAUCCACUCCCGAUCGAUGAACCUGACACGCGGAAUCAACCUUACCAAGAUUGCGGAGAAGAUGAACGGGUGUUCGGGAGCCGAGUUGAAGGGUGUCUGCACGGAGGCCGGUAUGUACGCGCUGCGUGAGCGCCGGGUGCACGUUACACAGGAGGACUUUGACCUGGCGACGGCCAAGAUUCUCAAUAAGCAUGAUGACAAGGAGGUGGCCGUGUCGAAACUGUGGAAGUAG